AUCACGGAUAGUCAUUAGCAUUCGAGAGGGGAGGGGGCGGUGGUGCAGGCGAGGACAGUGGACUCCGUUACGAGCGAGUCGCUGCGCAGCGCUCCGUGGUUACGCACUAGGGGUCCGCUAUGGAUAAUCUUUCAGCUUUCUAGUUUUCUAUUGCUGCCCUGCUCCAGAAAUGUUUUUUUUAUGUCUUCGAAAUGUAGUCUACAGUUUAGGCUAUUGCAUGAACUCACUUCGGUUGGAGUAAUAAAAGGUAUACUGUCGCUUCACUUCCAAUCUGUGCGCGUGGUGAUUGCGGAGAAGCUUGGAAAAAAGGCUCGUGGACUGUAGUCUACAGGAAUAGAUUGCGUCUUUGCACGGACGGUGGAGUGAGAGCAGCAUUCGUAAAACCGGCGCAGGAAUAUUAGCCUUCUUGACUAUGAAGACGUUUGUAACCAGGAACGCGUGUUUGACGAACAAGUUCACUGGGAGCAUAGUGAUACUCUCCCGAUCACCUAUAUUAUAAUAAGAAAGAUCUGUGUCCACUGCAAGUGCCGGCGUGAGGAGCAUGUGGUGACGGCCGUGCCUCUGGAGAUGGAGAAGACGGUCACCAAGCUGAUGUACGAUUUCCAGAGGAACUCCACCUCGGACGACGACUCGGGCUGCGCCCUGGAGGAAUACGCCUGGGUGCCCCCGGGGCUCAAACCAGAACAGGUUUAUCAGUACUACAGCACCCUGCCAGAGGACAAGGUACCCUAUGUGAACAGCCCCGGAGAGAAGCACCGGAUCAAACAGCUCCUCCAUCAGCUGCCUCCACAUGACAAUGAGGUGCGUUACUGUAACACUCUGGACGACGAGGAGAAGCGAGAGCUGAAACUCUUCAGUAACCAACGGAAGAGGGAGAAUUUGGGCCGUGGUAAUGUUAGGCCGUUUCCCGUGACGAUGACCGGAGCAAUCUGUGAGCAGUGUGGGGGCCAGAUAAACGGAGGCGACAUCGCAGUGUUUGCUUCCCGGGCGGGCCACGGGGUGUGUUGGCAUCCGGGCUGCUUCGUGUGCAGCAUGUGUGACGAGCUGCUGGUGGACCUCAUCUACUUCUACCAGGAAGGAAAGAUCUACUGUGGACGGCACCACGCAGAGAGACUCAAACCACGCUGCUCCGCCUGCGACGAGAUCAUCUUCGCGGACGAGUGCACAGAGGCUGAGGGACGACACUGGCACAUGAAGCACUUCUGCUGUUUCGAGUGUGAGACGGUGCUGGGCGGCCAGCGCUACAUCAUGAAGGAGGGCCGGCCCUAUUGCUGCGGCUGCUUCGAGUCGCUCUACGCUGAGUACUGCGACUCGUGCGGGGAACACAUUGGCAUCGACCAGGGCCAGAUGACGUACGACGGGCAGCACUGGCACGCCACCGAGGGAUGCUUCUGCUGUGGUCGCUGCAAGCGUUCCCUCCUGGGUCGCCCCUUCCUGCCCAAACAGGGGCAGAUCUACUGCUCGCGCUCCUGCAGCCUGGGGGAGGAGCCUAACGGGUCAGACUCCUCGGACUCCGCCUUCCAGAGCGCGCGCUCCACCCGGGAGUCCCACCGCAGCUCCAAAGCCGGGAGGAGUGGUGGGCAGGCGGGGCGCUUUUCGGGUGAGGUGGACCCUCUGUCUUUGCAGAUGGACCUGCUGAGUUUGUCCAGCCAGACGCCCAGUCUGAACCGCGAGCCGCCUGCGUGGCAGAGCCAGUUGCAGGGGGGCGACGCGUACCCCUACGAGGGCCGAUCGGACCACACAGCCACCCCGACCCCCCUCCAGCUGCUCGGCCAAUGCAACGUCAGGGGCGCGUAUAACUCCACCUCUCCCGGGCAGGCCAGUCAAGCCAACGCCAGGUCAAAGGAGACCGGUGUCAGCAAGCGAUCGGCAACUUCGGCCAUGAGGGGCCACUCCAUGAAUGAAAACUGGUCCCACCAGGGGCCUGAGGAGUUCUACCCCCCCAAACUGAAACCCCAGCAGAGCUUCGAUUUGCCCCACAGUCUGUCACACCCCAACGGCUUCCCGCAGGUGUUCCAGAGGGAGGCGGGUCCCCGCCAGCUGGGGCGCAGCAGGAACCCCAUCAGCGCACUUAGCUUCACGGAGCAGCUCACACCCCAGGAGCAGACACCCAGAGGCUCUAUGGAGUCCCUGGCCCUGUCCAACGCCACAGGAACAUCAGCGGACGGGGGAGGGAAGCGCCUGGAACACCUGUCUCGUUUCUCCAUGCCGGACCUGAGCAAAGACUCUGGCAUGAACGUGUCCGAGAGGAGCAAUAUGGGCACCCUUAACUCCUCCGGGCAGUUCCGCAGCUCCGAGUCCCUGCAGAGUCUCACGUCGGGCCAGCCCUACUUGGAGCUGGACUCCCUGGGACCCGUGCAGUACCCCCUGCAAUACGAGGAGCCUCCGAGGCUGGGCACAGGUCGUCUGCCACCCGGCUUCACCUACCAGGAGGAGGACCGGGUCAGUCUGGUGAGCAGUGCCAAUGCUGCCCGCCUCCCACCCAUCAGCGAGCGCGGCCAGCGGCGGGGAGAGGCCCCCAGCGUGCCUGCCUCCGAAGUCACCCCUCAGCGCCGGAGACACCAUCACCGCUCCCGCCGCUCCAGGCGCUCCCGCUCUGAGAACGCCCUGCACCUGGCCGCUGAGCGCCGGGAGAGACCCCGGGAGAGGCCUCAGCUGACGGUCAGAGAGGACUACGACCGUUUCCCGCCCCCGCGGGGCACUCGGGACCAUUUUGGGGGCGCAGGGGGGAGGUACAGGGGGCCGGAGCCUUUCAGGCAGUGUCCUCGCACGACCUCUGACCUCACCCUGCAGAACCCCGGGGCCCACCGCCGCCUGGCCGGACCCUACUCCUGGGACGACUACGAGGACGAAGACGAGUGGUGCUCCACCUGCUCUUCAUCGUCUGAGUCCGAGGACGAGGGCUAUUUCCUGGGGGAGCCCAUCCCACGGCCGGUUCAUUUACGGUACCUGAGCAGCCAGGAGCUUCCCCACAGUAAGUACAACGCCACCGGGGUGGCUGGAGUCAGCGGCAGGAGUGGACAGCUGCACACCCGAAAACGCAGGAAAAGCAAGAACUGCAUUAUCUCUUAACAUUUGAUGCACCCCCCCCCCCCACUAUACACUUAACGUAGUUUGGCUGUUCCUAAAAGACAACAGCCACAAAGGGGGUUUGUCAGAAUGUGAUAUGACUUUGGGCAAUUCCUCAAAGGCACAAACGUUUUGCAUGUUUAUCCAUUUAAUGUUUCAGAACAAGUUAUCCUGAGUAUCUCUGACUCUCAACCUGCGCUCUGCCUGUCAACAAGUUUAAGCCAACGUGCAAUAAUGAUACAAAUGUCAUUUCCAUGCAGAAACACUAAGGUACAGCCAGUUUAGUAAGCUCACGCUUUUCAUGCAAUGUGAUUUAGGUAUAUACCAUUUUACUCAAAUUUAUAGAAUGUACAUAAUUAAAUGAAUGAAUGAAUUCACUAAGUUAAGAAAGUAAUGUAAAUACUAUGUAAAUGAGGUCCCACAUAUUUUUAUAUUUUGUAUGGAUAGAAUCAUUUAUGUAUUGAAUAUAAUAUAGAAAUAGAAACGCAUGCCUGUUAAUUUGCUGAUGUGGUCCUGCAUUAGAAUAAAAGAGUAUUUCAGCGAGACACUGGCAGCUGGCCGUUUCCCUCACUAAAGACUGGUGUGUUCAUGUGAUCUGUGAACAGCACCCUCACCAUCUGCCAAACGCAUAAAUUAAUGAGAACAUGGCAAAAGCACUGAUUAAAAAGUCACCCCUCAGAAAAUGUCAUCCCCCAUGAGGUCAUGAGUGAAGUGGUUCAGAUAUUGUGAUUAUUGGGCCUUUGCAGCGCUGUUUACCAACAGAUGUCUGUAAGCUCUAGCUGAGCUAAUCAUUAACCCACAUAAGCAACGUGCUGCUGAUGCGGCACUGUGGAUUAACUCAUGAAUAACGAUGCUGAUGGGAUUCAGAUGGUCUUUACUGAACUACUCUUCAAUGAACGUUUUGUAUCCCAAAUGACAGGAGUAGUUUAUCUCCACAUGUACACAUACACAAGGUUGCUUGGAAGGUGAAGGAGCAAGGCUUUAAAGUGGAUUUUGUGCUGAUGUCUGUGUGGUUUAGGGAUGACGCUAGCUAAGUCUCUGGCCACUGUACACUUCAUUCUGCUUCAAGUUUCAACACCAGGGAUUUAACUACUCACUAGAAUGUCUGUGAUUGAAGACAUUCUACUGACAUUUUGGGAGAGGGCAUUAGUGUGGUUAAAUAGGUUCCUUUAGAUGGGAUGUUUUUCACUGUUCAUACGUAAGUACAGACAUUUCUUACAUGAAUCAUUUUAGCGAUUCUGUGUUUUCCACCUCCCCUACUUUGCCCCUGGCUACUGACUAGGUCAUACCCAUAGAGAUGCAUGUCACUGAAUCAUUGUUUCCAAAGUAAUGAGUCCUGAAAUCACUAUCUUCAGUCCUCUGGGUAUUGAUCUAACUCUACACAUGGUUCCCCUUCCCAGGGCAGCUGAAAAUCAUUUUAAAGUCAUCAGAGCACAGUCUUACUUCAUCCAACCAAAACACAUGUUUAUUUAUUCAUUUCAUUUACAUAUUCUUGUAGUGCCUUUGCCCAAGGACAGGAUUUUGUCAGUAUGUUGAUGGUUUGGCACUGAGAGGAUCUUCCAUGUGUUUAAUUAAAGUGGAGUUGAGAUGCUGUCAGAGGUGUCACAGAUUGUGGCCAUAUGCUUUCUGGGCAGUGCCAUGGAGGAAAUGAUAAUCCCUGAGUUGAAUUGCUGAAGGACAGUGACAGUGAUCUGGUCGGCAGGCAGUUUACACCUUUGGUUGGAUAAACUCACAUAACCCAUUAUGAUCAAUUUGUUAUAACCAGAGCCAUACAUUUCUUUGACAUACAGUUCCCUAAGUAAUUGAAUGGGGACAGUGAACCAUUUUUUCUUUUGGCUUCAUAUUCCAAUAGAUACAUAGUCACACUAUUUAUUUGAGGACACUUGGUUGACAGGUGUUUCUGGUUAUUCAGGUGUGUUCUAUCACAUCACCUGUGCU